AAUGGAGUACCAGCAAUUAUACAAAAAGGCUUGAGAAGAGAUCUCUCGUUUACAAGAAAAUGUCUCUAUCAACAAACAAGUAAUUGAAAAUCUUGUUCUCCAAUUGAGAGAGACUGACGAGAAAUGUCAAAAUGAAAUUAUGAUUCUAAACAAGAUUAUUUCCGAUCAUCAUAAACUCCACAAUGCCGAAGUGGGAGACCUCAAGGAACAACUUGCCGACACGAAGGAUGCUCUAGAAAUGAAGGAAUAUCUCCUUCAAGAGAAGGAGAACAAGUGGAAAGAGUUCGAAGAUGUCAUAGUCUCAUACGCAAAUCAGCACCCGGACUUACAAGAGAAACUGUCCCAAAUUGAUUACCUCUGUGAUGAAGUCACCAGCCAGAGGAAGAUCUCCAAUGUUGUCAAGGAGAAUGAAGACCUCAAAGCCAAAAUCACAAGUCUUAAAAGCCAACUUUCAGAGGUAGUUUCCAAUAUGACUCAUAUGGAGCUGGAACAUGAUGAGAAGACUUCUCCCAAGUUUUACCUUGAGCCUUGUACGGCCAAGAGUCUUAUGAGGAAAAAUUUGCACUUUGCCAACGAAAAUGAGGAGCUCCAAAACCAGUAUAAAUCUGGAAAUAUGAGCACUAAGAAUAGGCUCUUAGAACCUCCUUGUAUGGCUAAGUAUAAAAGAAAUAGAUUCGGCUCUACUAAUAUACCAUAUGAGGAAAACUCUAAAUCUACUGACGAAGGCUCCCGGAUUGUUAAAAGUCAAGAAAAGUUUAAAAACAUUAACUGGGACGAAGCGCCUGAAAGUUCGUCUUUUGGGAAUUGAUCCAAACAUAAUUCUCAUCCAGAGGCAGGUGUAGAAUUAGAUCUAAAAAUGGACGAGUCCAGUAUUGAUUUAGACUGAUGAGCAAUUCAGGAAAACUCUCAUCCAUCCCAAAUUUACUUCGAUAGAGACGAAGUCUUAGAUGACUGUCUCGAAGUGCUCUCAAGAAACGACAAUAAAGAAGGCUUCGAGAACUUCGCUGAUGCAAUCUAGACACUUC